AUGUCGGGAGAUUACGAUGAAGACAGACACCGCAGGGCAAUGGAGCUUCUUCAUGUGCUGUGUGCCAACACAUGUGCUGCCCAGGAACGCGAGAAGUGUCAGGAAUUGACAGGCCACGUGGGUCCCAUCAACUCUGAGAUCCUGGUCAGCCUCCUCUCAGUGAUUGUGACCUUUUGCGGCAUCGUGCUGCUGGGAGUCUCCCUCUUUGUUUCGUGGAAGCUCUGCUGGAUCCCCUGGCGGGACAAGGGCUCCUCCUCACAAACCCAGCGCAAGGAGCACCUCCUCCAUGCCCACCUCCACCACUCGCCCUUUGGGGAUCUCCUGGCCGAGCGGGUGGAGCUGGGGCCCGAGAUGCCUGAGCGGUCCUACCUCGAUAUGGAUUCCUAUCCCGAGGCCAACCUCAAGGUCAGCCAGACCUCCCCUGACCUCCCCGUGGAAGGCCAGACCAGUACCAAGGAAGGCAACCUCCCCAACGCCCACUCCCACCAGCAAGUGGCAAGCUUGGCACCCACGCCCAGGUACAAUACACUGCCACGUCCCGUGACCCAACAGCUGAGCAGCUCAGACACUGGAGUCCAUGUAGGAGGGGAAGAGAAGGUGGAACAAGUGACCAGCAUCGGGCAAAUCAAACCGGAAUUAUAUAAACAGCGCUCAGGAGAGUCAGACUCCAAAAAAGGGGAGGCUCCGAGCUGCGGGCGGCUGAGCUUCGCCCUACGCUAUGCCUACGGCACAGAGCAACUGGUGGUGCGGAUUCUCCGGGCCUUGGACCUGCCUGCCAAAGAUGCCAAUGGCUUCUCGGACCCCUAUGUGAAAAUGUACUUGCUGCCUGACCGUAAGAAGAAGUUCCAGACGAAGGUGCAUCGCAAGACACUGAACCCCAUUUUCAAUGAGACUUUUAGCUUCAAUGUUCCCUUUGCCGAACUGCCCUCACGCAAGCUUCACUUCAGCGUCUAUGAUUUUGACCGUUUCUCUCGACACGAUCUCAUUGGCCAAGUCGUUCUGGACAACCUCUUGGAGAUUGCUGAGAGGGACAAUGAUGCACCCCUCUGGAGGGACAUCAUGGAAGGCACAUCGGAAAAAGCCGAUUUGGGGGAGCUGAACUUUUCCCUCUGUUACCUGCCCACAGCUGGACGACUCACAGUUACCAUAAUCAAGGCCACAAAUCUCAAAGCCAUGGAUCUGACUGGAUUUUCUGAUCCCUAUGUCAAGGCAUCCCUCAUGUGUGAAGGGAGGCGGUUGAAGAAGCGCAAGACAUCCAUCAAGAAGAAUACACUCAACCCCAGUUACAAUGAAGCCCUCGUUUUUGACAUCCCGCAGGACAGCAUGGAGCACGUCAGCAUCACUUUGGCAGUCAUGGAUUAUGACUGCAUUGGCCACAACGAAGUAAUUGGAAUGUGCCGAGUGGGCAGUGACGCCGAUGGACCUGGGAGGGACCACUGGGCCGAGAUGUUGGCAAAUCCACGUAAACCCAUUGAACACUGGCACCAGCUGGUGGAGGAGAAGACUUUGAACAGCUACAUCAACAAGAAUCCUCCAGCACGGGACAAGCCCAGCAUCGUUGUGGAAACUGUUCAUUCAGACUAAGGCUGCUGCCACCAGCCCUUCACCAUCAGGGACUGAUUCCAGUGAUGUGCUCUCAGAACUUUCUGGACUGUUUAUUUCCUCUGACCAUCCCGGAGGAAUUGCCAGCAGGGGUUGUCUGAGGGUGGGGGGCAAGAGCCUGCCCUUCCUCAAUCUCCAUCUCCCCCAGGAAGUCGCUGCCUGUUGCAUUUUUUCCUAAAGCCAUAAAGGCAGCCACCAAUGAGCAUUUCUCAUGUCAGGAGGGCCAUGAGUGUAUCUGGUGUCUAGAGUCUUAAGGAUUCCUCUCCCACAACCUCAUCCUUUCACAUAAGGGGGUGGGGUGCCCGUUGUGACAUGCAUGUUCUGGGGAAU